CUUGUAUUAUAUGUAUAGAAAGAUUUCUACUUCAUUUGUUUACUUUGUCUGCAAGUUGAUAACUGUCAUUUGGUCAAAUCAUAAAAACUGUAAAUUAAUAAGGUAAAUCGUAAAAUAAAAGAAGUUUACUAUUAACUUGUGUAUAGUUCGUUGAAAAUUCGAGUGACAAUUUAGUUCUUUCUUUGUUGUGGUUCAUUUGAUGGGUGGAUCUGGUAUGAAUUUCAUGCAGCGCCCUGCUCGAGGUUGGUUACAUGAAGAUGACAUUAUUAGAACGACUGGAGUUAUUUAUAAUGUCCGGUAUAUGGGAUGUCUUGAAGUUCUUGCAUCAAUGAAAAUGUUGGACUAUGACACCAGAUUCUUAGUAGCAAAGGAAUGUAUCAACAAAGUAUGUGAAGCACUUGGAUUAAAACCUGUUAAUGUACGAAGAAAGGUUGAAAAAAGAGUUUCUAAAUCUUUAGGUGUGAAAGUUAAGAUGGACCAUGCUGGAACAAAUGUAAAAUUAAAUAUUUCUGCCAAGUCAAUUUCGCUUCAUACAGUUGAAGGUAACCAUCAAGUUACAAAUCAUGGAAUGCCGAAAAUCUCUUUUGCAUCUGGCGGUGAUUCUGAAACUCCGGAUUUUGUUGCUUAUGUUGCCAAAGAUGAUCAUGAUUUCAGGGCUUGUUAUGUUUUGGAAUGUAGUCGUGGAAUGGCACAAGAUGUUAUUACUACUAUUGGUCAAGCAUUCAACCUGAGAUUUAAAGAUUAUUUUACCAAUAGCUCUGAUUUGAUGUGUGGAAAUAUUUCCUCGAAAACUGCUAUUACUUCCCGUGAUGUUGAUCGAGAAUAUUAUAAUGAUCUUCCUGGUAAAGUGCCACCUGAUGUCGGUGCUGUUUUAGGGAAUAUUUCUUCUACUACUCAAUCCUUGCCUAAAGCAUCAAAUAAUAAACCAGCUUCACAUAGAGAAAGACUACCAUCAACAAAUCUAAUUGAUUUAACUAGUGAUCUUCCCCCACCAACUAUUCAUAAUCACAACUAUGUAAAUGACAUUAUUUUCAAUCCAAGACCAGCUCCAAGAGAUGUUUUUGACAUGCAACCAUUUGAAGAAAGUCUGCCAUCUGAUAUUGCUCAGCUUUUAAAUGAGGAAUGGUUUCAUGGAAUUAUUGACAGGGCCCAAGCCGAAUCAUUAUUAAAGGAGGAUGGUGACUUUCUUGUUAGAGAAUCUGGAAGUACACCUGGCCAGUAUAUUUUAACUGGAUUGCAAGGAACAACAAAAAAACAUCUACUUCUCAUUGAUCCAGAAGGAAUGGUUAGGACAAAAGAUCACAUGUUUGAAAGUGUGAGUCAUUUAAUUAACUUUCAUUGUGACAACAAAUUACCAAUUAUAUCAGCAGAAAGUGCUUUAGUACUUCGUACUCCAAUUUGUAAACCCAAAUUAAAGUAGAAGCUUAUCAUAUAUCAUGCUAUUGAUAGUAACUAGGUUGUUAAUGUUUAUCACAAUUAAGUUACUUUGGAAGAAAAGCAUACUUUCCAAUAUAAGUGUUAGGAGAACAUAUUUCAUCUUUCUUGUUUGACCGGUUUUCAAAAGAUUUCACUUGAUUUGAUCUUUGACUGUAACACAGGCACAAUAUCUUUUGUAUAAAAAAUGUAUAUUUGAUAGAGUUAGAAAAAAAGUUCUUUAAAUUUAUUCACAACUGUCUUUGCUUACCUCAAUGACAACAUAUGGGAAGUAUCAGUCAGUAUCAUAUGAUUUGUGUUGUGUUUGGGUCUAAUAAAGAAACUGGCUGAAAGUCUCUUAAUUAUAUUCUGAUUUAGUUUUAAUAUGAGAGGAAAAUAUUGUUGGACUUAACUCCCUUGAAUUCUGUUACUCAUAUGUGUGUGUAUUUUUUUUUUCAUAUUGUAGGAAAUUCCAUAAAAAGACCAAUUUCUCUUAAAUGUUGUUUCAUUCAUGUUAUAACUUUGUUCUUAAUUGAUCAUCUUUUGGUAUGAGAAAUGGAAAAUUAAAGCAGUCAUAGGUGGAGUUGUAUUUGUAUAUUACCAAAUUGUAGUUACUAUAUUAUCCCACCUUUUUUUAGGAACUGUUUUGAUAGUGUUUUUAAGUAGUUGUCUGAGCUCUGUUAAUAGUUUCAUGAUGUGUACAUAUAUAUAAAUGGAAAGAUUACAUCAAGAUGACCUCUGCAGGAAAUAAGAAAGUCUCUCUGUUUAUUCGCUCCCUUUUUUUGUUGUAUUGAGCUUAAUACUUUAGAGGCAUAAGUUAUCUGAUGUAUGGUGCCACCAGGUAAAUAUAAGUAAUGGUGUAGCCAAUAAUUUUAGCUGAAGUAUCUGCUGUUAAUUGGAUCGGUAGGUAUGCGUGAAAAUGUAUUAUAUAUGAAAAUGAAAUGAAUGAAUGAAAAAACUGAAAAAAUAAUUUUAUUCUGAGACUACAGUAUACAGAUACAAGUAAUUUUACAUGUUAACAGUAGUUUGAAUGUGGAAUAGGUGGUGGAACAGGAGUUGUUUGAAGGAAUUUGUGAACGAGGAUUGACAUAUGGAGGUAGGAAGAGAGUUCCAGGAGGUAGCACGAAUGAUGAAGGAUUUGCUGAAGGAAGUAGUUUUAUGGGAGGGUAAAUAUAUAUCUAUAUAUAUAGGCUUCGUUAAGAUAUCUUGCUUCUACCAUUGGCUAGCACUCCCUAAAUAGUCCUUAUUUUGACAAUUCCAAUAGCUUUUUCUUUUCAGACUCUUAAGAGUCAAUUAUCAGAAAUUGAGAAAGGAAGGAGUAAGGUCGCAAACUAGUGGGUUCAGAUGGAUCUGGGAUUUAAUAUAAUAGGAUAAGUACCUGGAUCUGGCCAAAUGAUCGACAUAUCGAAUAUUGAGAUCUUUAUGAAUGAAUUUUAUUUGUGACCAAGUACGGAUGGUUUGGAUUUUACGAAAGAAAUUAGAUUGUAAGGAUUGGAUACAUUUGAUGGUUUAGUGGAGCCCCAAAUUUCAAUUCCUUAGUCCAUAGAGGUCUUAUCAUAAUCAUGUAAAUGAGUCUUCUGUAAUUAAUUGAAAGAAAGAAGUGUUUAGUGUGUUUGUUUAGUAAUCGUUGAAGCAGCCGGAAACGUCAAGCAGGUUCUUGUUGUUUCAGUCUUGUAUGUGGAUUCAAAGUAAGACAUUUGUCUGGUGGAAUUUGUUCAGGUAGCAGAUUUGUUCAACAGAUAUAAGUGAAAUAUUAUUAAAAUGUUCCC